AAGGAAAGCAAAGAUCAAACCGAAAGCGAACAACAAAAGCUAUGCCUUGAAUCUUAGCUCCUUAACGGGUCUGAAGUAAAGAUAGAGACACUUGAAAAGGUGACGAAAUGGAUUCGAAGUCUUCAAAAUCUGUCACUGCAAACAAUCAUCCCUUAGAAAGAGCAAAGAUCAAUCUCAACUUAGGUGAAACCCAUUUUAGAUUAGCAGAGUAUAAAAAGGCUAUUACCUAUUACAUUAAAUAUCAGGAAAUUUGUACUGAAAUUGGCAAUUUUCAAGGGUUAGCAACUGCCUGUGAGAAACUGGGUUCUGCCUGUUUACACCUAGGACAGCAUGAAGAGGCUAUCGAGUAUUUUGCAACAAGCUUAGAAAUUUUCAUUCAAUUUGACAAUCACUCAGGAGUGGCAACUAACAAUGGCAAUUUAGGCACUGCCUAUCAUAGUUUAGGAGAGCAUGACAAAGCUAUUGACUAUUUCAAAAAAGGUUUGGAAAUCAGUGCUGCUAUUGGCGACAAGUCAGGAAUGGCAAAUAUUAAUGGCAAAUUGGGCAGUGUUUACCUUAGUUUAGGAGAAUAUAAAAAAGCUAUUGACUAUUUCAAAAAUGGUUUAGAAAUGAAUAUUGCCAUUGGCGAUAAGUCAGGAAUGGCCGAUAACAAUGGCAAUUUAGGCAGUGUUUAUCUUAGAUUAGGAGAAUACGUUAAAUCCGUUAGCUAUUUAAGACAAGGUUUAGAAUUGAGUACUGCUAUUGGCGAUAAGCCAGGUAUAGCAAGUCAAAAUUGCAAUUUGGGAAAUGCCUACCUUCGUUUGAGAGAAUAUGAGAAGGCUAUAGGCUAUUUUAACAAAGGUUUAGAAAUUAGUACUGCUAUUAACGAUAAAUCAUGUAUAGCAACUGUAAAUGGCGAUGUGGGCAAUGUUUACCUUAUGUUCGGAGAAUACGAGAAAGCAAUUGACUAUUUUAAAAAGAGUUUGGAAAUGCGAACUGUUAUCGGCCAUAAAUCAGGAAUAGAAACUAACUAUGGCGAUUUAGGCUAUGCUUACCUUAGAUUAGGAGAUUAUGAGAAAGCUAUUGACUAUUUUAAAAAUAGUUUAGAAAUCCAAACUGCUAUCGGCCAUAAAUCAGGAAUAGAAACUAACUAUGGCCAUUUGGGCAAUGCUUACUUUAGAUUAGGAGAAUAUGAGAAAGCCAUUAGCUAUUACAGAAAAAGUUUGGGAAUGAGUAGUGCUAAUGGCAACAAGUUAGGAAUGGCAAAUAACAAUGGCAAUUUUGGUAAUGCCUACCUCUAUUUAGGAAAAUAUGAGGAAGCCAUUGAAUGUUAUAUAAAAGGUUUAGAAAUUAGUACUGCUAUAGGCUACAAGUCAGGAAUAGCGACCAACAAUAGCAAUUUGGGCAAUGCCUACCUUACUUUAGGCGAAUAUGAGAAGUCCAUUGACUAUUUCAAAAUUGGUUUGGAAAUGAGUACAGCUAUUGGUGAUAAGUCAGGAAUGGCCAAUAACAAUGGCUAUUUGGGAUAUGUUUAUAAUGAAUUAAGAGAAUACGUAAAAUCCGUUGGCUAUUCAAAAGAAGGUUUAGAAUUGAGUACUGCUAUUGGUGAUAAGCGAGGUAUAGCAAGUAAAAAUUGCAAUUUGGGUAAUGCCUACUUUGGUUUGGGAGAAUAUGAGAAGGCUAUAGCCUAUUUUAACAAAGGUUUAGAAAUUAGAACCGCUAUUGGCGAUAAAUCAGGUAUAGCAACUAUAAAUGGCAAUGUGGGCAAUGUUUAUCUUCUGUUAGGAAAAUAUGAAAAAGCCAUUGACUUUUUUAAGAAGAGUUUAGAGAUGCAAACUGCUAUCGGCCAUAAAUCAGGAAUAGAAACUAACUAUGGCAAUUUAGGCAAUGCUUACCUUAAGUUAGGAAAAUAUGAGAAAGCCAUUAGCUAUUAUAGAAAAGGUUUAGAAAUGAGUACUGCCAAUGGCGAUAAGUCAGGAAUUGCUGCUAACAAUGGCAAUUUGGGUAAUGCCUACAUCUAUUUAGGAAAAUAUGAGGAAGCCAUUGAAUGUUGUAUAAAAGGUUUAGAAAUGAGUACUGCUAUAGGCGACAAGUCAGGAAUAGCGACUAACAAUGGGAAUUUGGGCAGUGCCUACCGUAAUUUAGGCGAGUAUGAGAAGUCCAUUGACUAUAUCAAAAUAGGUUUGGAAAUGAGUACAGCUAUUGGUUAUAAAUCAGGAAUUGCAACUAACAAUACCUAUUUAGGCAUGACCUACCAUAGUUUAGGAGAAUAUGAAAAAGCCAUUGACUAUUUCAAAAAAGGUUUAGAAAUAAGUACUGUUAUUGGCGAUAAGUCAGUAGCAGCAAAUAACAAUGCCAAUUUAGGCAUAACCUACCAUAGUUUGGGAGAAUAUGCCAAGGCUAUUGACUAUGGCAAAAAAGGUUUAGAAACGAGUACUGCUAUUGGUGAUAACUUAGAAAUAGCAAGAAACAGUGGAGUGUUAGGUAAAGCCUAUCUCAAUUUAGGAGAGUAUGAGAAAGCUAUUGACUAUUGCAAAAAGGGUUUAGAAAUGAGUACUGCUGUUGAUAAUAAGUCAGGAAUAGCAAAUAACAAUGAAAAGACUUGGCAAAUGCCUACCUUGGAUUACGAGACUCUGUGA